UAACCCUAUUUUAAAAUAUUAGAAUAAUAUUUGUGGUACAUAUUUAUUUUUUAUUGUAUCCUGUGAUGUUAAUUUUUAAAAUGAUUUUUGUGUAGUGCAUUCGAAUCGACUUGUUGUAAACACAUUUCAUAAUGGUUGUUUGUGGUGGUGCAGAUCAUAAUUUACAAGCUGAUGUUAUAUUCGUUAUUGAAUCUACAGCUGUAAAUGGAGCUUAUAUAAAUGACUUAAAAACUAACUAUAUUAUUCCUGCUCUUGAAUAUUUUGGUCAAGGAAACAUCGAUGAGAAUAAUUACUUGUCAGAAAGUUUAAAUUCUUUUUAUGGCAUUGUUCUUUACCAAGCAGCAGAUUGCCUUCCACGACUAUGUACUGAUACAAUUGGCCCAUUUACCAGUCCUGGGAAAGUUGUAGCUUCAAUUGACAGAUUAGAAUUAUAUGGAGGAAAGGGGGAAUCUCAUGCGAACAUCGCAGAGGGCCUUGCUACAGCCCUCCAAUGUUUCGAAGAGCUUCAAUCGAAAAGAGAUGCAGCGGCAAAUGUUCAGAAACAUUGUUUAUUGAUUUGUAAUUCUCCCCCAUACCUCAUGCCUGUGAUGGAAUGCCAUGCUUAUUCUGGAAAAACUGCAGAGCAACUGGCUGGUAUACUCUUGGAGAAUAAUAUAAAUCUGUCCAUUAUUUCACCUAGAAAAAUUCCUUCCCUUUAUAAACUUUUUGAGAAGGCUGGCGGUGAUCUUUCGACAUCCCAGAGUAAGAAUUAUGCCAAAGACCCACGUCAUUUGGUUCUGCUUAAAGGUUUCAGUUUGAAGGAAAGGCCUGUGAGUCCACCUCCAGGAAGUGUGACACCGCAACAAAAUCAGUUGUCGAGUACUUCAUUACCACUCACCUCCUUACCAAGCCCAUUGGCUGGUAACGACAGUCCCAUUCAAGGGAGUACCCAGAGUACUCAGAAUCUUCUGGGUGGAAACACAAACCCUGUUGUACAGGCUGGAGUUGGUCAGUCUCCUGUUUACAGACCUCCCAAUGCCGGACUUAAUACACUCCCUCAACACUCCCAGUCCAUGGUAACGCCUGGCAUGGGUGGUAUCGUGAAUCCCCGCGGCCCUAUGAUGCCUGGUAUGGUACCCAAUCUCAUGGCCGGAAAUUCAGGAUACAACCCUCAUGGACAAGGUAUCAACCCUCAACGUCCACCACAAAGAUGGGGAAUGCCUCCACAGGCCGGUCCUCAGCGUCCGUACAUGGCGGCCAAUCAAUCGAAUCAGCAGGCGCAAAACAGCGCACUGAUAACUCAACUCACCACACCACCAUCGUCCAUGCCAUCCAGUAGUGGAUAUAUACAGAUAAAUUCGCCGCUGGGCCAGCAGCAAGCCCAACAACAGCAGCAACAACAACACAUCAAAGUAGGUAUCAACAUACCUAAUCAGAUGCAGAAUCAGAUGGCCCAGAACCAGAAUCCCAUGCAAGGCGUAUCGUCCCCCAUGUCUCAGGUUUCGCAACCGAACCAGGUCGUGACUUCUCAGGCGCAGAAUCCCGUGCAGCCGGGUCAGCAGCAGGUCGGCCAGAUGCAGUCCUCUAGGGAGAGACAUACGAUAUGGCAGGGUCUCUUGGAAUGGAUCGAGAAACCGAAGAAUGCCCAGGAACAGCAGAAAAUGACCAAACACGUGCCCUGUCAGGUUUCUGCGAAUUCGAAAGAUGGAGAACCAGAACUCAAAGCUGAUGGAUGGCCGGGAAAAUUGAUAAUGCAAUUGAUGCCUAAGCAGUUGAUAGGGAAUAUUGGGGGAGCGUAUUUGAAAAACUCUAAAUCGGUUCUCUUUCAUCCGCAGCCUUGUGAAGCGCUGGAAUCACUUACUAAAGUAAUGAGCUCAGGAUUUGCCGGGUGUGUUCAUUUCACUAGUAUUGUGAAUCCAGCGUGCGAUAUUAAAGUUUUAAUAUUGUUGUACACGGUGGAAAAGAGAGCGUAUUUGGGUUUUAUUCCUAAUGACCAAACGGCAUUUGUGGAUCGUCUGAGGAAGGUUAUCCAGCAUCAGAAGUCUAAUCAACAGGUCUUACGACAAAAUCAGGGUGGUGGAACCGCAGGUCUAAAUCCUCAAACUGGGAGCCCUCUGCCCAUGGGCGGCGCCCCCAACCAGAUGAUCGCGAAUCCAACGACCUCGCAACCCGCCCAGGGCAUGAUGAUACAAACGAACCCUAUAGCGAUGGGCGGCGGACAGAUUACUCAAAAUGUCGUUUCUUCGGCGGGACAGCCUGUAUCUUUCAAAGGAGUUUUGGGACAGAACGUGCCAGGGGCCGGAAUGCAACCCAGGAUCGGACUCGCGAAUAUCCAACAAGGCAUGAACCAAUCACCUCAACCUGGAUCUAAUAAUAGUAUGUCGCCCGGUCUGAUGGGACAGAGGGCGGCAUGCGAAAAUCAGCUACAGGCCGAGCGACAGCAUAACCUCGAAAAGAUAAAUCAGCUGAAACAAACCUUGGAAGCAGCCCAACAACAAGAGCAACAGUAUAAGAGCCAGUUGGAAAGGAUCAGCCACAUGAAAACGACGCAGCUGCAGGAGGCAUUGCAAGCGGCACAGCAAACGGAAAUGCAUUACAAAAUGUUGGACCAACAAAGAAUGGCUAAUCAAGUCAAUCAGCAAGCUGGAAAUCCUCAGCAGCAGAAUCAACAGAGGAUGAUGAGACCUGUGAUGUCGAACAAUCCUGGAUUGAGGCAUUUAUUACAACAGCAACCUCAAUACCGACAGCAACAGAUAAUCGGUAUCCAGCAACAAAUGGGAGGCAGUGGUGCACGACCGCCACAAAUGGGCCAACAAAUGCCCAAUCCAGGAUCUGCACAAAACACGUUCGAUGAUGUGUCGAAUUUCGAUUUCAUGUAAAUAUUUAUUUAAGAUUUUUUAAAUCAGAGACAAAAUGGACCCUCCUCUUCCACUGGAGUAAAUAAUUUAAUAUUUUUUUUCGAACAAAUGUUCAGGAAUUUAAUUACCGAAUUCCAAGCUUAUAUAUUGAGCAUAAUUAUUAAUCAUUAUAUAUAAUAUUAUUUAAUAUAAUGAUUGAAUACUUACAGGUUCGGUGAAUACAUUUUCGGU